CUGCCAAUCAGCGGUUGCCGCCGCCUAAGCCUCUCCGUGCUGCGCCGCCCACGCGGUAAACCCUUCAGCCGAGCAUGGCGGAACUCUGAUUUGGAGUGGGCCUUUUAGGGGUGUGGAAAGAGCGGAGAGAAAAGGAGGCAAGAAACCCUUCUGGCAACUGCCCAGCACUGCGCCGGAGCCUGGACGCGCUGUGGUGACGCCAUCCACCUGCGCCCGCAGCAGUGCGUUGUUCGCGCCGCUGGCGGGCGCCUGCGCAGUGGCUCCGAGCGGGCGGUUGCUUGUUGGUUGUUGUAGUAACGGGGGAAGCAACCUUCGGCGGCUGCGUUGAUUCCGGCUGGGGAGGGAGGAGGGAGGCGAAGCAGAGCGCGGUCCCCGCCUGUCCGCCCCGAGCCAUGAGAAGAUGAGACAGGAGUCUGUGCCAGCCAAAUUGUCUGAUCCAGUGAAACUGCAGGGAAGAAAGGUCUCUGAGGCCUCUGUGUGUUGACUGCAUGACAUACCCUAAAGGAAAUGCCAGUUGUGAUGGCCCGGGACCUGGAGGAGACAGCAUCAUCCUCAGAGGAUGAGGACCUGGUAAACCAAGAGGAUCACCCAUGUAUCAUGUGGACUGGAGGCUGCAGGAGAAUUCCAGUUUUGGUUUUCCAUGCUGAGGCUAUUUUGACAAAGGACAACAAUAUUCGAGUAAUUGGAGAACGUUAUCAUUUGUCUUAUAAGAUUGUGAGAACGGACAGUCGCCUGGUGCGAAGCAUUCUGACAGCCCAUGGAUUUCAUGAAGUUCACCCGAGCAGCACUGAUUAUAACUUGAUGUGGACAGGAUCCCACCUGAAGCCCUUCUUACUUCGAACCCUCUCUGAAGCACAAAAAGUUAAUCACUUCCCCAGGUCUUACGAACUAACCCGGAAGGACCGACUGUACAAAAACAUCAUUCGAAUGCAGCACACGCAUGGAUUCAAGGCGUUCCACAUCCUUCCUCAGACCUUCCUCUUGCCAGCUGAGUAUGCGGAAUUCUGUAAUUCAUAUUCAAAGGACCGAGGACCUUGGAUAGUAAAACCAGUGGCCUCUUCUCGGGGCCGGGGCGUCUACUUGAUCAACAAUCCAAACCAGAUCUCCCUGGAAGAGAACAUCUUGGUCUCCCGUUACAUUAACAACCCGCUGCUCAUUGAUGAUUUCAAAUUUGACGUGCGCCUCUAUGUGCUCGUGACUUCCUAUGAUCCCCUCAUCAUCUAUCUCUAUGAGGAAGGACUGGCUAGGUUUGCAACUGUGCGAUAUGAUCAAGGAUCCAAGAACAUUCGGAACCAGUUUAUGCACCUGACAAACUACAGUGUGAAUAAGAAGAGUGGAGACUAUGUGAGUUGUGAUGAUCCAGAAGUAGAAGAUUAUGGGAACAAGUGGAGCAUGAGUGCCAUGCUUAGGUACCUGAAACAAGAAGGCAAGGAUACAACUGCAUUGAUGGCCCAUGUGGAAGACCUGAUCAUUAAGACAAUAAUCUCUGCUGAACUAGCUAUCGCCACUGCCUGUAAAACCUUUGUUCCACACCGCAGCAGUUGUUUUGAACUGUAUGGCUUUGAUGUGCUCAUAGAUAAUACUCUGAAGCCAUGGUUGUUGGAAGUGAAUCUCUCUCCUUCUUUGGCCUGUGAUGCCCCUCUGGACCUCAAGAUUAAAGCCAGUAUGAUCUCAGAUAUGUUCACUGUUGUAGGAUUCGUGUGCCAAGAUCCUGCCCAGCGGACAUCCAGCCGGUCAAUUUAUCCUUCCUUUGAGUCUUCCAGGCGGAACCCUUUUCAGAAACCUCAGCGUUCCCGUCCACUUUCUGCCAGUGAUGCAGAAAUGAAAAACCUUGUGGCCUCAGCCCGGGAGAAGGUACCGGGGAAGUUAGGCGGUUCUGUGCUUGGUCUGUCAAUGGAGGAGAUCAAAGUUUUACGGAGGGUAAAGGAGGAGAAUGAUCGGAGAGGAGGAUUUAUUCGCAUAUUUCCUACAUCUGAGACAUGGGAAAUAUAUGGGUCCUACCUUGAACACAAAACCUCCAUGAACUAUAUGCUGGCAACACGCUUAUUCCAGGACAGGGGGAACCCAAGAAGAAGCUUGCUGACAGGAAGAACACGAGUGGGUACUGAUGGACCACCAGAACUGAAGGUGGAGAGCAUGAAUUCCAAGGCCAAGCUGCAUGCUGCUCUUUAUGAGAGGAAGCUACUGUCUCUGGAGGUGCGAAAACGUAGACGACGGAGUGGCAGAUUGAGGGCAAUGAGACCAAAAUACCCAGUGAUUACCCAACCAGCUGAAAUGAAUAUUAAAACUGAGACAGAAAGUGAAGAGGAGGAAGAAGUUGGAUUAGACAAUGAAGAUGAAGAACAGGAAGCUUCCCAGGAAGAGUCUGCCGGGUCUCUUGGAGAAAAUCAACCCAAGUACACACCUUCAUUGACUGUUAUAGUAGAAAAUUCACCCAGAGAAAAUACCAUGAAAGUUGCUGAGUGGACUAAUAAAGGUGAACAGUGCGGCAAAAUUGAGACUCAAGAGCCAGAGUCUAAAUUUAAUCUGAUGCAGAUUCUCCAGGAUAAUGGAAAUCUAAGCAAAGUGCAGGCUCGGUUAGCCUUCUCUGCCUAUCUUCAGCAUGUGCAAGUCCGUCUGACGAAAGACAGUUGUGGUCAGAUGCUCAGUCCCAGCUGGGCUGCCAAAGAGGAUGAACAGAUGGAGCUAGUGGUUCGUUUCCUGAAGCGCGCAUCAAGCAACCUCCAGCACUCACUCAGGAUGGUGUUACCUAGUCGGCGGCUGGCACUUCUGGAGCGCAGAAGAAUCCUUGCCCACCAGCUAAGUGACUUUAUCGUCGUGUACAACAAGGAAACAGAACAAAUGGCUGAAAAGAAAUCAAAGAAGAAACUAGAAGAGGAGGAGGAAGAUGGGGUGAACGCAGAAAGCUUUCAGGGGUUCAUCAGACAAGCAAGUGAGGCUGAGCUGGAGGAGGUGUUGACCUUUUACACCCAAAAAAACAAGUCUGCCAGUGUUUUCCUGGGGACUCACUCUAAAGGUUCUAAGAACAGCAGUAGUUAUUCUGAUAGUGGGGCAAAAGGUGAUCACCCUGAGACAAUACAUGAAGUGAAAAUAAAGCAGCCCAAACAGCAACAGGCAACAGAAAUCCACUCCGAUAAAUUAUCUCGAUUUACCACUUCAGCAGGAAAAGAGGCUAAACUAGUCUAUACCAAUUGUUCUUCUUUCUCUGGUCCUGCUGCUGUUCUUCUGCAGAAACUUCCCAGCACCCAUUUGUCAUCUAUUAUCACAACUUCUGCCCUCCCGUCAGGUCCUGGCCACCAUUCUUCUUUAUCUCAAAUUUCUCCAGCUAUCCCCAGCAUGCCUCACCAGUCAACACUUUUACUGAGCCCAGUCCCUGACAGUGCUUCUCCCUCCAUACACACUGGGACCCAGAGCAUAAGCCCUGCUGGCCUGCCCCGCUGUCGAUCAGGCAGUUACACCAUUGGCCCCUUUUCCUCUUUCCAAAGUGCCGCCCAGAUCUAUAGCCAGAAACUGUCUCGUCCCUCUUCAGCAAAGGCAGCAGGUUCAUGCCAUCCACACAAGCAUCAUUCAGGAAUAGCCAAAACACAAAAAGAAGGUGAAGAAGGUUCAUUCAACAGAAGAUACAACCAAAGUCUGGUUACGGCAGAACUACAGCGGCUCGCGGAAAAGCAGGCAGCCAGACAGUAUUCUCCAGCCAGUCACAUCAGUCUCCUCACCCAGCAGGUGACAAACCUGAAUUUGGCCAGCAGUGUCAUAAACAGAAGCAGUGCGUCAACCCCCCCUACCCUUCGACCUGUCAUCAGUCCUAGUGGCCCGACGUGGUCUAUACAGUCAGACCUCCAUGCUCCAGAGAACCACACCAGCCCCCCUGGAAGCAGGAGCCUCCAGACGGGUGGCUUUGCCUGGGAGGGCGAGGUGGAGAACAAUGCGUACAGCAAGGCUACAGGAGUGGUCCCCCAGCACAAGUACCACCCCACAGCAGGCAGUUACCAACUCCAUUUUGCCCUCCAGCAGCUUGAACAACAGAAACUUCAGUCCCGGCAGCUUCUGGACCAGAGUCGAGCCCGUCACCAGGCAAUCUUUGGCAGCCAGACACUGCCUAACUCCAGUUUGUGGACAAUGAAUAACGGUGCAGGCUGCAGAAUUUCAAGUGCCACAGCUGGUGGGCAGAAGCCAAACACCCUGCCACAAAAAGUGGUACCACCUCCAGGUUCCUCUACCUUGGUCUCCAAGCCCACCUCCAAUCACAAACAAGUGCUCAGAAAGGCAGCAUCCCAGAGGGCUUCCAAAGGGUCCUCCGCAGAAGGGCAGCUGAAUGGACUCCAGAACAGCCUUAACCCUGCAGCCUUUAUGCCCAUCGCCAGCUCCACAGGAUCUUUGGAAGCUCCCCAAGUUAUUUUCGCCAGAUCUAAACCCUUACCCACACAGUCUGGAGCCCUUGCUACAGUUAUAGGACAGAGAAAAUCAAAGUCGAUGAAGUCAGGGACAAUUUAAGAUCCUACUCACACUGACAGAUGAACCAGAGACUCGGGAAGAAGAACCUGCUGUGCACUCCUAGGAGCUUGACGGAGGCUCAGCCUCCACGGUGCUGCGAGGGGUCCAUAGUAUUUUUUUGCUGCCUCAGAGUCCCCAAGGCCUUCAAGCAGAAGUGACAGUAGAUGAUUGCCAUCAGCCAAACCAGACUUUGACUAGUACAACAGGGAAACAGAUCCUCUGGGUUUGGACGGAACUUGGCAGUGGGGACUCUCGCCUGAUUGCGUUGUGUCCCCGUCAGAGUGUGCCUUUCCCUGCCCUUCCUCUCCCCCACCCUGCUAGGCCCCCCUGUCCCUCCUCCUGCUGCUCUCAGAUGAUAUAAAAGAGGCUCUUUGGCUAUUUGCAUCUGGCUUUCGCUUCUUUUCCAGAUUGAAAUACUAAGUUUGUUUUAUUUUGUACAAGCUUCAGAUCCCAACAUUAUCCACCAAACUUGAACUUCCCUUUUCUGAGAGUGUGGGGGAGGGGAGCCAACAGCACUGGUUCCCCAGAGUGGCAACUGCCGUGAUACAGGCGCCUUUUGGAAUUACUGACUUCUAAGAUUAAUAAAGUAAUUCAAUUUUUC